AGUUCCUUUAAAACGACAAAGUUUUAGUUAUAAAGUUGUGGGUUUGAUCUCAGUAUAAAUAGAAUCAAGAAAUGCAAAUCAUAUUCAAAGACUUUAAGAAGCAGAAGAUUCCAGUGGAUGUUGACCCCACUGAUACCGUGCUUGCCACUAAGGAAAAGGUUGCCGCUGAAAAGCAAUGUGACGCCAGUCAAUUGAAAUUCGUUUACUCAGGGAAGGUUUUACAAGAUGAAAAGACUUUAGAAUCAUUCAAGAUUAAGGAGGGUGAUUCAGUUAUAUUUAUGGUUAGUAAGGCCAAGAAGACCGCCACUCCUGAAGUCCAACCAGAGACUUCUUCCACUGCUGCUGCUGCUGCUACUGCUGCUACCACAAGUUCUGAAAGUGCCCCUGCAUCAACCGAAGGUGGUUCCGAAGGAAAUGCUACUACUUCCAGUACCACCACUCAAGAAACUUCCAGUGGUGAGCCAACUGAAUCUACCUUUGCACAAGGCUCAGAAAGAGAAGCUAGCAUUCAAAAUAUCAUGGAAAUGGGAUACGAAAGACCACAAGUCGAAGCUGCAUUACGUGCUGCCUUCAACAAUCCACAUCGUGCUGUUGAAUACUUAUUAACUGGAAUCCCAGAACAGCUUCAAAGACCAGCUGCUCCUCCAGCCACUUCUUCAGGUACUGGACCAGAUGCUGAGUCUACAAACCCACAUAAUGACGACGAUGAAGAUGAGACCAUGGAGGGAGAAAACUUGUUCGAAGCAGCAGCUGCCGCAGCAGCUGCUGGCGGAGAAGAUGUUGAAGGCGCUGGCCAUGAGGGUGGAAUUGGAGCCGGUAUGACCGACGAUGCUCAAAUGGAAUUAUUAAGAGCCGCUCUUCAAAACAACCCAGAUCUUAUUCAACCAUUGUUGGAACAAUUAGCUGCGUCAAACCCACAAAUUGCAGCAUUGAUUCAACAAGAUCCAGAAAGAUUCAUCAGAAGUCUCUUGAGAACUGGUGGAGAUGAAGGUGGAUUUGAAAUCGAUUACGAUGGUGAAGGUGAAGGUGGAGAAGAUGAAGGAGAUGAAUCGGGUACCGUUCGUAUUGAAUUAACACAACAAGAUGAAAGUGCUAUCAAUCGUUUAUGCGAACUUGGAUUCGACAGAAACUUGGUAAUUCAAGUUUAUAUGGCAUGUGACAAAAACGAAGAAGUUGCUGCUGAUAUUUUGUUUAGAGAUAUGUAAAGUAGGAGGGUUAUUAAACCUCAUUAAAUGAAAGAGUUAAAAGUAAUAAAA